AUGAAUAAUACAGACUGCACCGAAUCGAGCAGCGUUCCCCGAUUAUUGUCGCUCCUGGUUGCCUCGGUGGAGGAGGCCUCACAGGCGUGUUCUUCAUCCUGGGAAGGGGAGUAUAACCCUCCCGAGAACACUUGGUCAGCAAGAACAACAUGCUCGUCGAGUCUCCGAAUACGGGGGUUGCGCCGGGCCUACAACAUUCUCCUUUUUGGUGGUCCGAGUCACGCCGAGAUCCUAGCUCAAGCAGCCCUUGAGGACAGCAACCACUACUGCUGUGACAACUUCGACGCGGGCCCGUCCGUUGCUGCUGCUGUCUCGGUCGUAUCUCUCGAGCUUCGCCGAGCUCGGAGGUACGAUCCAGCGAACGCGCUCGAAGGUCUUGUGGAAGACUUGAUUGCAUCUAAUGGGUGUAAGGAACGACAGCGAGAAGAUACAGACGGUUGUUCAAGUGCCGUGGAAAAUGUUCUGAGGCUUCUCUUGGCCCUUCGGGGGGAAGGACGACGGGCUUCGGAUGUCGACGAUUGGGAGCUUCUGGGAGGGCACAGUCGCCGAGUAUUGGAACGGUUGUACAGCAGCAGCAGCAGCAGCAGCAGCAGCAGCAUCGGUGAGGCGGUUGGUUUGGACAUCUGCACCUCUGAUGCAGCGGCAGGGUGUCGUGCUGAGGGUCUUGGUAAGGCGGACGAACCUGCUCUAGCGACAAAGGCAGCAUCCCUCGGCGUGCGGCAGCAGCAACAUCGAUAUCUUCUGCCCGUCGACUGCGUGCUACACGGAGACAGCACCGCCACCCCCGCUGCCACUACGCUGUCCUCUACCGUACUUUCCUUUUCCGACACGGCCAAGCACGGCGUUGUUGGCGCGAUUGAGCGCAUACCCUGGUUCACGGACGCCGAAUUUUCCUCGGAGAGAGGCAUUCCCAACAUGAAUAAGGGACCGUCCCUGGACGAGGGCUUGGAGUUUAUGGCAACCGCGCCGCUCUCACCAGCCAACUGGACCAGAUUGCGCGAGAGCUCCGCUACUGCUGGGGACGACACAGUGGUAGCCCAUGGUUCUAGGGGGGCUCCUGUUGCCCCGGUGAUGGUCGUGGGACACGGGGAAGGCAUUGGGGUUCGAAGGUCAAACCUUUCCAUGCCGGCGGUAGCUGCUAGUCAAGUUAAUGGUGGGGCAUCAUUGGUGCAUGGCGGUCUCGACCUCUGUGGGGCUCUUAGUCAAGCCAAUAUAGACGCGCGAUCUCCUGCCGUUCGAGAACUCCGACUCGCGCUUUCCUUUCCCGACCUUGACGAGAGCCUCCCGACGGACCUUUUGGAAGCCGCGAAGCUGUAUGAGCCCCCUGGACGACCAACCGACCACCCCGUCGGCGACGGAUAUCAACACGGGCUCCCGGAGAGAACUUUUGGCGAGGCUAACGUUUUAUGGCAGAGUCCCCGCGGAGUGCUACGCUCACCGAAGGGGAAGUGCGGCAGGAUGUUACCGAUGGACGAAUUUGCACCACCCUGGGCAAGCAAUAACGGUGGUCACCUUUCGGGAGUGAUUCAUGAUGCGGCAAAUCAUGAAGUUGCUGCGCUCGAGCUGGAGCCGGUCGGGUGGGAGCGGACAGAAGCCGAUUGGAACGACCCCUCGUUCCCGAAGUGGGCGCUCGCGUGUGCCCCCCUCGCUACGGGCGAGGGCGGCGGACCUAGCUCGAAAAAGGCGUUCGAGUUGUGCUAUCGCGAACACUUCGGGUGGGCUGGGUUGGGUGGCUCCUUGGGAGAAGCAGACUCUACGGCCAAGGCCGAGGUGGAGGUGGUACGCCGGGCACUCGCGGCCUUGCAAGGUGUGCCAUCCGGGUACUUUUGGUAUGACGAGACUCGCGCACAAAUGUGCGUGUGCGGGAACGUUGGGCAGGACGGAGCAGUAGAGGAGGCGCCAUCGAUGCCGCCGCGGGUAGCUGGUCUCUCUCCCGGCGCGCUCUCGUCGCUACUGGAAGAGUUCGCGAUGGCCGGGACUUGGUAUCGCAGGGUGCAAGAAUUAGUCCGUUGUCUCGUGAACGCAUCAUCCUCUAACGGACAGGUAUCGCGCGCGUUCGGGAUUGAAUUGAGGCGGCAGCUGACCGAGGUCGAGUCCGCCCUGCUUGUAGUCACGAUGGAGCUCGAGGGCCUUGAGUGGAAUGAGUCUGACUCGGCCUGCCUCCACGGCACCCAGGAUACACCGCUCAAUGAACAACGCUUCUGCUCGCUGGCCGGGAUCCUCGCCUACACUACCCAACUCCGACGAGCAGUGGGAGCGCUCGCAGAGAUCUGCGGCCUUUCUGAGGACGAUCUGCGGUCUGCCGGGGGCGUGAGGGCUGUGUUCAACGCGUUCCCUCGAGGGGCUUCCCUGCUGACAUACCUCUACAAGGCUGCAGAGGUCAGGGUGGCGUCGAAGCCUGGGGGGGAGAGUACCUGCUUUUUCGGGAGGGUGAUGGCAGAGGGGGAUUCCGCCCUUGCGCUGUUGAGCAGUGCCGCGACGCCGUACUUGUCUAUGUUGGGCCGAUGGCUGUGGUCCGGAGAGAUGUGGGCAGAGGAUGACCCUUGCGAGGAAUUUCCUCUGCGCUGCCGAGAGGGACUGACAGGUAACGACACCUCGAAGGCGACCAAGGAACCUUGGACGGAAGACGGUGGCGGUAGCUUCAUGAGCCUUGCUUUCUGUGAGAACGGAGCGGCCGGUGUUCCCUGCUUCCUCGCAGGAGGCGUGUUGCAUGCCGCCGCCCGGGCCGGAAAACUUUUGCGCAUGCUCAAGCUCUCAAGCCCGGAGUUUUACACUGCUUGUUCGGCUUCACCUCCGCCGCCGCUCUCGCUGGAGUUCGGAUCGCGUGCUCUGGCAUCCCGUGUAGCAAUUUUCGAGCGCCUAAGGCUGCUGCGGGCAGCGGCGGGGCAGUCAGCUGCUCGCGAGAUUCGAGCACGCGUUGCGGAAAAAGAGAUGAAGACUGGAAUGACACGUGGGGGUGGGAGCGAACAGUUGGUGGCGGAAGAGAGGUCGGCUCUCGGGAAGCUCCAGCUGCAACGAGAACGAGACUAUGCAUCCGUCAAAGAGGCUCGACGAAUCUGGGUUCAGGGCCUCGAGGGAGAUCGCGCCGCCGCCGCUGCCGCCGCCGCCGUCGCUGCUGCCAACGUCACUGCUGCCGCGACCGCAGCCGAGAAGCCGUCCCCAGCGGGAGUCUAUGGCGGACAGGGAGUGUUGUCCUUCCUCGACCCCCCGACAUCCGAGGCCGAAGCGUUUGCCGCAGCGGCCAUCACGGAGAGGUACCGCGUGCUGGGAGAAGAGGCGGACGCCCGCGCGGCGCGAGCUCGUUGGAAGCGGCAGCGAAGCGCGCGGGUAGUGGCGGCCCGCGCCUCUCUGAAGAUGCUCUACGAGGAAGAAAUGCACCUGUGGGAGGGAAUGGCGGCAGGAGCAGGGCCAGGGGCGGAGAGCCACAGCACUACUGCCGGACACGAAGCAGGUGUUAGCGACGUAGACAACGCAGAUAACACCCUUCAGGAUGUUGUUGAUUCGAGCUCGGCGGACGCCGUUGGUGGGGGCCCCGACAGCACCGAUGGAACCGGUGGCGGACAGAUGGGUCACGUAGUCGAGCAAGCGGUAGCUGAGGGCGAGCUUAUCGCCGACAGUGAUGGAAGUAGGGUUGAGGUUCGGGCAGAGGAAGAGGUGGGCACAAGCAAGCGCGGAAGAGACUCUGAAGGCUCUGAAGCGCCGGACAAACGCCCAGGGGGCGAUGAUGCCAACAUCUCACCCGUGGGUAUGUUGGACGCGCCAAGUGGGCAAUUGGCAGGCGUGGCUGAAGCGGUUGGCAGCGCGGGGAACGAUGCUCAAGGAAUCAAGUUUUCGCAUGUGACCAUCGUGCAAGAACCUGGGGGAAAGUCUCACGGAGUGUCAGGAGCGUUCGCGGCGAACAUCGACGGCGGUGGCGAUGACGCAACGACGAGGGGCCCCCUGCCUGGAAGGUCUGGCGUGAGGAGAAUCGUCCAGGAGCCUGGCGGCAACUCAAGUGCCGUCUCGCGCAUCCUGAGCCAUGAUUCUGCUGACGGCGUCGACAAGGCGCAGAGAGCCGGACCCAUCGCUGAAGACAGCAGAGAGCGUGAACACGACAACAACGACGGUGAGCACGUCUCGAGGGCCACCGUCCGAGAAUCUGGCCAGAGUGCUGUCGGUGGCUCGCUUGCCGUGGGAGCCGACGCGCCGAUGGCGGUGGGGAAGGUGGGAGGUGAUACCGAAAGCCGCAGCGGUACCCGAACGGCGUUGAUAGACCCGCCGACUUUCGGAGACCGGACAGAUCCCAACGCUGCCGAUUCAAGACCAGAGACUGUGAAGGGUGGCGCUAUAGCAGCAAAACCAGACCCAGAAGGAGCCAAAGCCAAGCGCCCUAACGACAGUUGGAGCCUAUUUCUGGAAGCACCCGACAAGGGAAUCGGUGCGUUGGACUUGGGGACGGAUGGGGAUGCUCCCCUUCCGCUGGAGGUCAUCGUGCGCAGAUGCGUGAGAGAGCCCGUGUUGGCCCAGUGCAGCGCGGUAGAUUCGGCGGCGCUGGCGUUCCUGGUGCGAGAUGCGGGUGUGACGGAGCACCUGGCCUCCUUGCGAACGUUCUUGCUUGGCCUCACGUCCGACUUUCUCCACGACUUUACCCUGCGCUUACUGGAUGGGCUCUACGAUGGCGGGGUGGACUGGCGCCGCUCCUCCAACCUCGACGCUGCGUUCGCGGCUUCGGCGUUAGCGACAGGGCUUGAUUCCGUACCCCUCGCGGAGACGUUCCGGUACGAGGUCGACCCCACUUGCGGCGGCAUCCUGGGCUCGGGGCCGGCGACAGGAUCGUUGGACCUCGGCAGGACAGCAGACCCGAGCGGCAUGACGGGGAGCGCCGCGCAUUCGGCAACCGCCGCCGUCACCACCCCCACCACCACGCGUGCUGAGUUAUCGUUGUCGUCCUCGUUGUCGGUUCAGGAGGAAGAGCUGUAUUCGCCGGUUGCUCUGUCUUUCGUGUCGCCGGUUCUCGAGGUCAAGUGGCCGGUGGGCGUGCUUCUGCCGACGGGGGUGCUCCACACCUACGGAAGCAUUCACCGGUCGCUGAUCAGGCACCAGCUUGUGCUGCACCGUUUAAGGCGAUUGCGCCUUGUGUUGCGGGAGCUGGAUGCGUGCUUGGAUGCGGCGAGCGGCGGUGGUAUCGGUGGAGUUGGGGGGGCGGGGCGGAGAAGCGGCCGGCGGCAGCGGGGGGGGGCGAGAGUUUCAUGGGACAGGGGAAGGCUCCAUUGGUUGCACUUGUUCCGGCAUGAGAUGCAGCACAUGGCCGACAGUCUGCAGACCUACUUCGUAGAACAGGCGGAGGCAGGCUGGCCAAACCUCCGCCGGUCGCUCGCCGUCGCGGGAGGAGGGGCGGCUAGAGGUGGAGGGGGGGGUCUUGCGGCACUCGUGGCCGCUCACUCGCGCUACAUCACCAAAAUGCAGCGCUACAUGUUCCUCGGGACGGAUAGGCAGGGUGCGGUCGCGCGCGGUAGCAUCCAAGAGUUCUACGCAGUGAUUUGCACCGUCGGGAGAGUCACGGACGGCCUGCUUUCUUCAAAGCCUUCGCGGUUUCCCCCCGCUUUAGUCGAGGACGUAAUUGAUGGUACCUGCACCGGCAGCGCUGUUGGGGAGAUGGUUCUGCCUGACGAGGCUUUCGCAGAGUUGGCGGCCGUCAGAGAAAAAUUCGACGCCGCGAGGCGGGGACUUUGCGCGGCCCUUUCGGAGAUUUGCGCGGCGGGCGGCGGGACUCGGGCCAGACCGCUCCUUUCCGUCAUUGGGUAUGGCGGGUACGGGGGCGACGACUUUUUUGUUGCCGCUGAUUUGUCGCGAUAGUUGCACCAGAAUCGGCUUUCAAUAUUUCGAGCUAGUAGGGUGCCAGGAAGCCGUGGUGUGUGGUCGCGGCGAGGUUGUGGUACCAGCCUAUUUGAGCCCGGAAUUCCCUACCCAGACUUGUUGAAUCGACGUUGCAGAGGAAAUGCGAGCAGGCCAAUCGUCUUUGUGGUGU